AUGAGGAGGAGAGCUCGCCGCCAGCGGAAGCUCAAGCUUCGGGCAAGAGAGGCCAAGUACAUGCUUAAGGUGAAGGUGGCACACCUUAAGAAGGCACUCCGCGAGGCUGAAACUAAGAUAGAGGAGCUGGAGGAUGAUGGCGAGGACCUUCGUAAGGAGAAUGCUGCCCUCCUUAGUGAUGAUGAUGACUAUAUGGACGAGGAAGGUUAUGAUUGGAACAACCCGAGCGAGGAAGAUGAGGAUGAUCUGAACUUCAUCAAUGAUGAGCCAGAAGAGCCAGCACCCUCUACCCCUCGCGAGUCGUCCGAGGAGGAAGACCCCGAGGAGCCACCGUUUGAGGAGCCGCUGACCAAGGAUGACACCAUCAUCCUUGACGACGACUAG